AUGAGAGCCUUUGAAAUUCUAGAACACUUUCGAAAUGUUUCUUCAUUUGGGUUCUCUGAUCCACGGAGCUCAAAAUAUCCGCGUUCGCUUAGACUAUUCAGCAUCUCUCAUCCUCAUUGCAAAAGUCAGCAAUUGUCAUUUGGGGGACUGGAAUCUGAUCACGCUCACGUUUACAAUCUUAACCUGAGCUAUGGUCAGAAUGACACAGGAAUGCUUGGAGGUAAAGAACCAUUCGUCGAACACUCGAUUGCUACUUGCAGAGGCUCCUCUGGUGCUCCUAUUUUCCUUUACAUGUACAACCACAGGCGGCCCAAGCUCAGUGUGUGA